AUGCCGCAUCCAAUUGUAUUUGUCGGCCCAUCAGGUAUUGGAAAGGGAACAAUCAUUGGAAAGCUAAGAGAACUCUAUCCAGGCAGAUUUGACUUCUCCGUUAGCCACACAACUCGUCAGCCAAGAGAAGGAGAAACCGAUGGCGUUCAAUACCACUUCGUAACUCGCGAAAAAUUCCAAGAAAUGGUUAAGAAUGGUGAGUUCCUUGAGCAUGCUGACAUCCACGGUAAUUGCUAUGGUACAUCAUUUGCUGCCAUUCAUCAAGUCGAAGCUACAGGCAAGAUUUGCAUCCUCGAUGUUAACAUUGAUGGUGCUAUGGCAGUCUACAAAUCUGAAAUGACACCGUUCAUUAUCCUUCUUAAGCCAACUUCAUUCGAAGCACUUGAAGCUCGUCUUCGUGGAAGAGGGACUGAAACUGAAGAGCAAAUUCAGAGACGUCUUCAAACUACUAGAAGAGAGCUUCAGUUAUAUGAAGAAAACAAAGAUAUGUUUGAUUUGGCUAUCAUCAACGAUAAACUCGAAGAUACACUUAACAAAAUCAUCGAAGAACUCCUCAAAAGAUACACACUUUAA